CUGUGCAGAUAUGUCACAAUAUGUGCAGAGAGUCAUAUAGGUGGAGUACAGUAGGAACAAAGGCCGUGUUUUGCAACUCACACAGGCAUCAUGGCGAUAGACUCCCAGUCAGUCAGACCGAGAAAACAACACGGUAACCCGCUGAAACCAGCAGCAUGAGCUGCUCUCGGCCUUCAGCUUAAUCGGUCGGCCGCUGGGUGAACAGAUAGCUAAACUAUCUCAGACGAGACAGGAACAACAAACCGACUUGGACUGGUUUAAACCGGUUUCUGGGAAAGAAACAUAUCGCGUUUGCAGAUAAGCUGCGGAGGGAAACAGAAACGGCUUCGUUCAUGACUCGGAGGAGUGCUCAGUGUUUGAUCGUUAAGGCCCACUGUAUGUCAGGAAGUCAAAAACGCGCUUUCAUAGUUUCGAGCGCGCGUUUCCGUCUCCAGAAAUGACGCAACAACGUGCCGACACGUUCAGAGGGACCUUUUGUUUUAGCAUCAUUCGUAACUCAUUAUUCAUGUUUUGAAUUAGUUUUAGUCUGCUGUGUUUCCCGCUUUAGGUAUGUCCAUAUAGUUCUUAUUAAUUGUUCAUUAACACGAUCGAAUUAAAUGUAAGGUUCAAUAAGUUAAAAAUAAGUUCACUUAUUCUAUUUGUUUGAUUCCAUUUUUUUCCAAAAGAAAAAACUUUCAACUUGGUCAAACCUAACUAAUAUACUAUAUAAGUCUUUUUAUUUGUUCCCUUUUGCUUUUCAUUUAUUUCCCAUUUUUUCGUAAAAAUGCACAAAACGUUCAAGACAGUAAAAUAUAAUAAUAAUAAACAAAGGAAUUUACAUAAUUUAUAAAUACUAUAUAAAUCGUUAAAUACAUAAUUGAGUCACCGAAUGCAUACUUAAAUACAUAAAUAAAUGCAUAAUCAUCAAUUAAUCAUUUCCUCCACGUUUCAGUUUUAGAUGCGUUCCAAAACACAUCGGGUCUUGUUUAGUUAAAAAAUGUUGAAUGAAAACGAACAUAUAAAUUGACAGCAUAUUUCCAUGAAACGAUCAGCUGUGUUAGUUUCUGAACAAAUCAGCACCGGAGUCUCUCCUCGGUCUUUCGUGCGGCGCGUGAUGUAAGACUCGGUGGGCGGGGCUCCGCAGGUGAGCCUAGGACAGGUCAUCGAAACCUGGAGAGGCUUUAACGUUGACGAGCAGACAGUCACGUGACGUUCAACAAUAGGUUUUACGGGAUCCUCCCACGAGAAGUUUCUGCUGCCCAACUACUUUUUACCCAACCGGAAACAAACCCAUCCAUUCCCGGGAAGGCUAUUUUUAUUUUGCGAUCUGAAUCCGUCGCCAUGCGAACUCCGGGGAUUUUUAUUUUUGGGAUGGUCCUCGCGCCUUGCGGCUGGAUCCUGGAGCUGACCAGCACCGUGGCACCCGCCUGGCGCACGAUCAACACCAUCCCGGGAGAAUCCAGCGACCUGGUCAUCCAGCAGGGAUUAUGGGACAUCUGCAGGACUUUCACGUCGUCCCGGGAUAUUCAGUGCAACCAGCAGGACGCGCAGUACUUCAGCGCCCAGAUCAUCCCGAUCGCCAGGGGUCUGAUGCUGUCUUCGCUCAUUCUCAAUGUCAUCGCCAUCGGCGUGGCGUCAGCCGGAGUGCGAUGCUGGACCGAGAAACCUCACUGGACGGUCGCCGGGGUCGGAGGUCUCCUCAUGUUCGUCUCCGGGGUCCUCACCAUCAUCCCGGUGGCGUGGUACACGCACAUCAUGAGCUCCAUCUCCUCCGCCUCCGCCGAUGUUCGUGUGGGGUACUGCCUGGUGCUGGGCUUCAUCGGCGGGAUCCUGGAGGUCCUCGGCGGGCUGGUGAUGUCCAUCGGUCUGUGCCGGCGCUGCAGCGGUCAGAAGCGCGCGGAACGGCCGAGGCGCGGCGUCUCUCCCCCGCGCAGAGACACGGUGCCCAGCGUCAGCAGCGGCAGCAGCAGCGUCCCGUACUACUCCAAACAAAGCGAGGUGGACUUCGCUCGGGCCAAGAGACAACGGGACAGCAGUCUGGAGACUAGCGCUGCGUACAAAGCGCGACCUUACGACACCGAUUUGUGAGAAAACGAACGCACGCGAGAAGCUUUACGAAAAAGCGUCUAUCCCUUAAAUGCAUAUUAUAUGACACUUAACCGUCACCUGUCCCCAAAGAGGAAGCCGGAGUUGACUUCACUACAGGCGAUUUACAUUUCAGUCCUAAAAGUCUCCUAAAUACAUAUUUAUGGGUUUUGUUUUGUUACAAAAUAUGCAGCAAAUGUAACGACAAGGAAAAACUACACAAAACACAUCUGACUUAAUAUCAAGUGAAAGCUUAAAAAUCAUCAAAAGUCGUAAUGUGAAAAUCUGACAUUGAUGUAUCAAGGAAAAUCAUUUUAAAAUGCAUUCGUUCAUGAACUGUAACGGUUUAGGUUUGGAUAGACUUUCACAGAUGGGGGCGACAAUAAUGUAAAAUAUUUAGGAGUAUACGUUGUACACUGUAAAACUUCAUUUGUUAACGCAAAAUAAGUUGCUAAGCGUAUUCAUGAGUUGUGUUUUUGAGUAACGUUUCUUUCGCAAAAGAAAAAAUCUAUUCAGGAAGACGUUAAAAUGAAAUUUACGACGCAAGUGCCUUAUAUUUUACAAUGAAGUUUUUCUAAGCAAAUAGAGUCGCUGUAAAAUUUACAGUGAAAACCAUAAGGAAGUAGCCCAAAUCUGUUUACACAUUUCUAUUCCAAGUCAUGUGUUUUAAGUUACACUUCGGAUGUUUAGUUCAUGUUGAACAUUAUUUUAAUGUGUGCAUGUAGUAGGCCGACUGUUUGUAUAUGUUUUUAUUGGUUCAUGGAAAGGUUAUUUAACUCUAAUUCAUCACGUGACCCUUUUGUUGUACCACCUGUGUUAUCGUGGAUACAAUAUUUUAGCUGAAACUGUGGAUAUCAUCAUAAAUAUAGCACCUUGUAAGGUUUUGAAGUUCUACUGAAGAGCACUAACCCCAUUAGUUUGGUUUUGUAACAUCGCACUUUAAGAUUUGAGGCCCUGGUGAUUGUAGUCGACUGUUUUUGUAGUAGCCUACUGAUAUGUAAAUAUGUAACUUCAUCAGGAACCUCUUGAGUUUGUACAGUUAUGCCAAGUACAAAAAGCAAAUACAUUCUUCUGAAGGAAGCUAACCUUUGCAUAACCACUGCUCGCAGGCUUCGGACGACUUUGAAGAAAUGUCUUUCACUGGAGUUUACGAUAUGCAAAAUAUUUCUGUGGACGUUUUUUUGCGCACGGUUAUGCCGUCUGCUCAUCAACUUGAGGGCAAAUGGUUGAAGGCCCGUUUAUUUUUCUACGUUUUGUGAUGGACGACCAAUGUGUACCUGCAUUAAUAUAAUAAAAAAUGUUUACAAACUGUUCAUUUUAAAAUUAAAAUUACAAACGUAUGUAUUUCGGUAAUAAAAGUUAACCUGUUUUUGUCGUUUUGAAAAUGUGAUUUUACCUUGUAUAUAUAUUUAGCCAUUUAUGAACCUUUUUUUUAUAAUAUUUGAAUGUACAAUAUGUGAUAUACUAACUCACCAGCAUGAUAAAAUGUAUUAGUGCCAUAAAUAGCAUCCAAAAUAAAAAUUUUUGCUUAGUA